UGCCUCUUGCGCGUACUGUUCAUGUCUCAAAAUGCUGAGGAAAACGGUGCACAAGCAGAAGCUGUCAAAACAGAGCAUCAACGGUACGCAGUCCAUUGUAACGGCUAUUUCCAUUCUCACGGCUUCUGCUUUUUCUCUCAACUACCAGUGGCAGAAUGCUUUCAAUCCCCUUCAAUGCUCCGUCCAAUUCGUCUUCAAUGUCGUUCACCUACCCACCAACCAGCUUUGGGUCAAAACAGAGCACAGCAAUUGAUUACUGCAAACCCAGUAGGCAGAACCAAAAGAAAAGAUCCCCUCUGUUCAACAAACACUCGAGCUCACCUUCUCUCCGCUUGGGUCAUCGUCGCUGCCACUCCCCAUCUCUGCAUUCACGGAAGGGAGUUGUAGGAAAAAUGGUUAAGCAGAAGAAAUCAAUGGAGGGUGGUAGUAAUGAUGAAAGAGCUGACUGGAAAGACCCUAAGGAACUAGAGGCUUUUUGUCGGUUUUGUGCUGUUCAAGUCAUGGCGGGCCAAAGGAAGCCUACUGGAUUUUUGUCCAAAAUUGGCCAAAGUGAAGUGAUUCGACAGUUGGGUGAGAUUGAAAAAGUAGUGACUUGGCUGCAAAUUAAAAACAAAUGGGAUCAUUUGAGAAAAAGGUGGAAGAUUUAUAACAAGUGUUUGGAGAAUGAGACUGGGUUGGGUUAUGAUCCUGUAACUGGGAUGUUUGACGCACCUGAUGAGUGGUGGAAUCGAAAGAUUGCGGCAUGUCCCGAUGCAAAAACCUUGAAAACGAAUGGUUUGCCUAAUCGUGACCUUCUGAACAUCAUGUUUGGAGGCACGGCUGCAAUGGGAAAAAAUGCAUUCUGCACGAGUGGUCCAAUACCAACGGAAACCACCGAAGGGUCUGGGGACUCCGGUAAUAGCAUAGAAUUUGUUGACCCCCAAUGUGAACCCGUUGUGAAUGUUGACGCAAUGGAGGUUGAAGGUCCAUCAUCGUCGAGGGUAGGACCAGCAGUGAAUAAGGGGAAAGGCCUAGCAACCAGUGUCCACAUCUUCAAGCCAAUUUCCAAGAAACCAAAAAAAAGGCGUUCAACCGCGCAAGAGAUGUCGGACUCUUUGAAGAGUAUCUCAAAUGUUAUUGUUGAAAGAUCUAGUCUAAGUGCCCGUACACCAUCUGCUCCCACAGCAACGGCUCAGGUUAAAGAAAUUCUGGACAUGGUGUUGAGUCUUCCUGGGGUGUACUCGGGUCAUUACCUUCAUUUGUUCAGCACUAUCUACUUCAUGGAAAAAGAGCCGGGUAGACACAUGUUUGCAGCACUUUCCGAUAACAAGGAUAUCCAGCUAAAGUGGCUAGAAAAAGAGUACCAAAGGCACCCUGAUUAUCAUUUUUCGUGAAGGAACAAUAGAUUGUCUCGAUAGGGUUGUGUAGGCUUGGUGUAGUAAUCAAACUUUCAGUGUUGUAUCUAUUGCACUAUUAUAUUUCUUUCUUUUUUAUUGGUAGGAACUAAUGCUUGUUAUGAGUGUGUAUGUAAGACAAUGCUCAUCAUUCCUAUGUGUUUGAGCUAUAUUUAUAUAUGUUUGUCCAAUGCUUCUUUUA